CGGCACGGUCACACUUGCCCACUAAAUUCCAAGAGAUUCUUCAGGUCCAAGUUUUUACUUCACUUUUUGUUGGUUUUUCAACACCCGCUAAACACUUAAAGUUCGCCCAGGAUAUUGGAUAUCCGCCACACAGCUGACGCCGCAGAAACACAUAGUGAUAGCAGCCAAAUAAAACAUAAUUUCGCCAGAAUGUCUCUAAAUCCGCAGUACGAGGAUAUUGGCAAGGGAUUCGUCCAGCAAUAUUAUGCCAUUUUCGAUGACCCGGCGAAUCGGGCCAACGUUGUUAAUUUCUAUAGUGCGACAGACUCGUUCAUGACCUUCGAAGGCCAUCAGAUUCAGGGAGCACCAAAAAUUCUUGAGAAAGUACAGAGUCUGAGUUUCCAGAAGAUCACCCGUGUCAUAACCACAGUUGAUUCGCAGCCCACCUUUGACGGCGGUGUUCUGAUUAAUGUUCUUGGUCGACUGCAGUGCGACGAAGAUCCGCCGCAUGCAUUCUCACAGGUUUUCGUACUGAAGGCAAAUGCUGGCACCUUCUUUGUGGCCCACGACAUCUUCCGGCUGAACAUCCACAACUCUGCAUAAAGAAAACUAUAAAUUAACGAAUGAACUAAAUAGAACUAGGCCCUAGGAAUCGCCGAACUAUGAUUUGCAGAUCAAGAACACACACUAUAAUUUAUCCAAAGAUGCGGCUGAAAAACAAACACAUCAACUGGCUGCCCAGUGGAAACUCAAUAAUAAUGUGGACAGCAUGUUCUCACGUUUAUCAACAAGAAGAAAAAAAAAAAAAAAAAAAAAACCAACAGAAAAAAAAAACCAAACACAAUAACACGAAAUUAUAUGCUAAACUACUAUUACGAUGUAAACAAAUGUGAGCUUUUGCGCUCGAAUUUACCUUUAACAUUUUUUGUUCGCUUUUGUCAAGCCCGGUACUCUGAAUUGUCGGGAUUUAAUAACAUUUAUUUUAUAUUUUGUUUUGUAUUCUAUGAACUAUAUUUUUCAUUUU